CCCCCAACGCCACCUCCGAAGGUUGCCAGAUCAUACACCCGCCCUGGGAAGGGGGCAUCCGGUACCGGGGCCUGACUCGCGACCAGGUGAAGGCCAUCAACUUCCUGCCCGUGGACUACGAGAUCGAGUAUGUGUGCCGCGGGGAACGCGAGGUUGUUGGGCCCAAGGUGCGCAAGUGCCUGGCCAACGGCUCCUGGACGGACAUGGACAUCCCCAGUCGCUGUGUUCGAAUCUGCUCCAAGUCUUACUUGACCCUGGAAAAUGGGAAAGUCUUCCUGACGGGUGGGGACCUCCCAGCUCUGGACGGAGCCCGGGUGGAUUUCCGGUGUGACCCCGACUUCCAUCUGGUGGGCAGCUCCCGGAGCAUCUGUAGUCAGGGCCAGUGGAGCACCCCCAAGCCCCACUGCCAGGUGAACCGAACGCCACACACAGAGCGGCGCGCAGUCUACAUCGGGGCGCUGUUCCCCAUGAGCGGGGGCUGGCCGGGGGGCCAGGCCUGCCAGCCGGCGGUGGAGAUGGCGCUGGAGGACGUGAACAGCCGCAGGGACAUCCUGCCGGACUAUGAGCUCAAGCUCAUCCACCACGACAGCAAGUGUGACCCAGGCCAAGCCACCAAGUACUUGUAUGAGCUGCUCUACAAUGACCCCAUCAAGAUCAUCCUCAUGCCUGGCUGCAGCUCUGUCUCCACACUUGUGGCUGAGGCUGCCCGGAUGUGGAACCUCAUUGUGCUUUCUUACGGCUCCAGCUCACCAGCCCUGUCAAACCGGCAGCGUUUCCCCACCUUCUUCCGAACACACCCAUCAGCUACGCUGCACAACCCCACCCGUGUGAAACUCUUUGAAAAGUGGGGCUGGAAGAAGAUUGCCACCAUCCAGCAGACCACGGAGGUCUUCACAUCGACCCUGGACGACCUAGAGGAACGGGUGAAGGAGGCUGGAAUCGAGAUUACCUUCCGCCAGAGUUUCUUCUCGGAUCCAGCUGUGCCCGUCAAAAACCUGAAGCGCCAGGAUGCCCGGAUCAUCGUGGGACUCUUUUAUGAGACCGAAGCCCGGAAAGUUUUUUGUGAGGUGUACAAGGAGCGUCUCUUUGGGAAGAAGUACGUCUGGUUCCUCAUUGGGUGGUACGCUGACAACUGGUUCAAGACGUAUGACCCGUCCAUCAACUGCACAGUGGACGAGAUGACCGAGGCAGUGGAGGGUCAUAUCACCACUGAGAUUGUCAUGCUGAACCCUGCCAACACCCGCAGCAUUUCCAACAUGACAUCCCAAGAAUUUGUGGAGAAACUAACCAAGCGACUCAAAAGGCAUCCUGAGGAGACAGGCGGCUUUCAGGAGGCACCUCUGGCCUACGACGCCAUCUGGGCGCUGGCAUUGGCCUUGAACAAGACGUCUGGGGGCGGUGGCCGUUCAGGUGUGCGCCUGGAGGACUUCAACUACAACAACCAGACCAUUACCGACCAGAUCUACCGCGCGAUGAACUCCUCGUCCUUCGAGGGUGUCUCUGGUCAUGUGGUGUUUGAUGCCAGCGGCUCCCGGAUGGCCUGGACACUUAUCGAGCAGCUACAAGGUGGCAGCUACAAGAAGAUCGGCUACUAUGACAGCACCAAGGAUUCCCUUUCCUGGUCCAGAACAGAUAAGUGGAUUGGAGGGACCCCCCCAGCUGACCAGACCCUGGUCAUCAAGACCUUCCGCUUCCUGUCCCAGAAACUCUUCAUCUCCGUCUCGGUUCUCUCCAGCUUGGGCAUUGUCCUUGCUGUUGUCUGUCUGUCCUUUAACAUCUACAACUCCCAUGUCCGUUACAUCCAGAACUCACAGCCCAACCUGAACAAUCUGACUGCCGUGGGCUGCUCGCUGGCGUUGGCUGCUGUCUUUCCCCUUGGGCUGGAUGGUUACCACAUCGGGAAGAGCCAGUUCCCUUUUGUCUGCCAGGCCCGCCUCUGGCUCCUGGGCCUGGGCUUUAGUCUGGGCUAUGGCUCCAUGUUCACCAAGAUCUGGUGGGUCCACACGGUCUUCACAAAGAAGGAAGAGAAGAAGGAGUGGAGGAAGACCCUGGAGCCCUGGAAGCUGUAUUCCACAGUGGGGCUGCUGGUAGGCUUGGAUGUGCUUACUCUGGCCAUCUGGCAGAUUGUGGACCCCCUGCACCGGACCAUCGAGACUUUUGCCAAGGAGGAGCCAAAGGAAGACAUCGAUGUCUCUAUUCUGCCCCAGCUGGAGCAUUGUAGCUCCAAGAAGAUGAAUACAUGGCUUGGUAUUUUCUAUGGUUAUAAGGGCUUGCUGCUGCUGCUGGGAAUCUUCCUUGCUUAUGAGACCAAAAGUGUUUCUACUGAGAAGAUCAACGACCACAGGGCAGUGGGCAUGGCCAUCUACAAUGUGGCGGUCCUGUGCCUCAUCACCGCCCCUGUCACCAUGAUCCUGAGCAGCCAGCAGGACGCGGCCUUUGCCUUUGCCUCCCUGGCCAUCGUGUUCUCCUCCUAUAUUACUCUGGUUGUGCUCUUUGUGCCCAAGAUGCGCAGGCUGGUCACCCGCGGCGAAUGGCAGUCGGAGGCCCAGGACACCAUGAAGACAGGGUCGUCCACCAACAACAACGAGGAGGAGAAGUCCCGGCUCUUGGAGAAGGAGAACCGCGAACUGGAGAAGAUCAUUGCUGAGAAAGAGGAGCGGGUCUCCGAACUGCGCCAUCAGCUCCAGUCUCGGCAGCAGCUGCGCUCCCGGCGCCACCCCCCAACACCCCCAGACCCUUCUGGGGGUCUACCCAGGGGACCCCCUGAACCCCCCGACCGGCUUAGCUGUGAUGGGAGUCGAGUCCACUUGCUGUACAAGUGAGGGGUGUCAGGACAGCUGGUGGGGUGGGAAGGGAGCAAGGAGAGGGUGGGAGGCUGGGGAGGAGGUGGGUAUCUCUGUCCCCAGACUGAUCCCAUGUCUUAAAUACCUGUCCCUGCUGAGCGCUGGGGUUGUGCGGGUUUCCAGUACUCUGAGAAGUGGACCUUUUUCUGUCUCAUUCAUUCAUACAAUCUUGUGUCAUUACUUCAUAAUUUAGUUUGUAUAUCGCCCAGAGCUUGUCACGCAUGGCUCUUUGGCAGCCUGGUCCUUUCUCUCCCUCCUACAACUUGCUGCUCUUAUUAGCUCAGCAGCCCCUAGUCCCUCGGCCUCCCGUCAGCUGGAGUCUCCACACAAGUGCUUUUCCCCGUGUCUCUCACCCUCGUAACCUCCUCCUGUUCCACUGUUUCUUCCGCACAUUCCCAUUUGUUGUCCUUACUUUUUUUCCUGAGGGCUCAUUCUCCUCACCAAGGCUCACCGUGUGUUACUCUGUGUGCCCAUUCUCCCCAGUGCACAUGUGUCCUUCCGUGCAUUCCUGUCCUUCCCAUGAGCUUUCUCGUUCGGUUACGUGUGCUCCCCGUGCACCCUGUACCAGCUUUGUCCCUCUCGUGGUCAUGGGUCCACCCUUGGGUGUGGCUCGUGAGCUGUGUCUUCCCCGCCUGCACACAUCCACGUUCGCCUACGCUCUUCCUUUCACCUUUCAUCAUUGUAUUCUUCCAGCAGAGCUCUGUGCAGUCACCCUGUGCACUGUUAGCACUUCGCCGCUUUGCUGGGGCGCCCACACUCUCCUCCUCGUGCUCAGUGUCUGCUCCUGCUCUGUCCUUUGUACUCAUCGUAUUGCCCUCAGCCUACACUCACAGUCGUCUUCUCUCCCAAGACCGCUUCCUUUCAUUGUGUGUGUGUGAUUGGCAGCUGAGGGUAAAGACGGGGCAGGUUUGGAGAGCUGCUUCCAGUGGAUAGAUGGUGAGAAUCCUGACCAGACAGAGGCACCUCAGACCAUUAGGGGGAACAGAUGGACUAACGGGGCAAUGGGUGGUGUCCCUUUCACACUGGUGUCUCUUGAGGAAGGAUCUCCCCAGAUCGCAAUAAACCAGUAGACGUGUGGUUCGGCA